GGGGGGGAGGCGCCGGCGGACAAUGGAGCCUGUGUGUGUGUGCUGGAGGGGGACGGAGCCGCCGCGCCGCCCCCGCCGGCCCCGGGCUGAGCGCGGUGACUGUUUUUUGUGAGACAAGUGGUUUGCAACUCAUGGCCUCCACGAUGAGUACUGCAGUGUCGUGACACCAGGGGUCUUGCGUGCCCUGGAGAUGCGAGACUUCCCCUGGGCAGCAGGAGGCACGCAUCUAGAGAAUGCUGGAGCUGCAGGAGGGAAGUGCCCAGUGCAAAAGCAGCGAGGAGCAAAGAGAAAAAAGGCAAGCAGGCAGCCAGCACUGAGAGAAGCGGGUGGCAGGAAGUGCUUCGACGCUGCCUCUGGCGGCACGCUCCCCAGAGGAACUUGACGAGAGCCCAUCUGCGUGUGUGUGAGACUGUGAGCUCAGGAUUUCUGUCAAUGCAUUCCAGUAACCCCAAAGUGAGGAACUCCCCGUCAGGCAACACACAGAGUAGCCCCAAAUCAAAGCAGGAGGUGAUGGUCCGUCCUCCUACAGUGAUGUCCCCGUCUGGCAACCCUCAGCUGGAUUCCAAAUUUUCCAACCAAGGCAAACAAGGGGGCUCCACCAGCCAAUCCCAGCCCUCUCCCUGUGACCCCAAAAGUGGAGGUCACACCCCCAAAGUGCUCCCGGGCCCGGGUGGGAGUAUGGGGCUGAAGAAUGGGGCUGGAAAUGGUGCCAAGGGGAAGGGGAAGAGAGAGAGGAGCAUUUCAGCAGACUCCUUUGAACAGAGGGAAGCUGGGACUCCUAAUGAUGACCCAGAAAUCAAAGACUGCAAUUCUGCUGAUCAUGUGAAAUCCCAGGAGUCUCAGCACACACCACACUCCAUGACUCCUUCAAAUGCUUCAGCCCCACGGUCUUCCACACCUUCCCAUGGUCUGACUGCCACUUUGGAGCCAGCAAGUGGGCAGAAGACUCCAUCCAAAGUGGUUUACGUCUUUUCUACUGAGAUGGCCAACAAGGCUGCAGAAGCUGUGCUGAAGGGACAGGUGGAAACCAUUGUGUCCUUUCAUAUCCAGAACAUCUCAAACAGCAAGGCGGAACGAAACACUGUACCCUUGAAUCCUCAGAUCACUGCACUUCGGACUGAACCCAAGCCCCUGCCACAGCCCCAGCCCCCCGCUGCCCAGGACCAGAACCCUCCCCAGAACGCCAAAAUGCAGCCGACUCCGCCUGUGUCAGCGCCAGUAUCCAAACCCACUGGCCCCCCAUGUCCCAUAGAUCAGGACAGUCCCAGUGUGGAAAGCAAAGUGAUGUCUGUGGGCAGCCCUGCCAACUCUACCCCGUUGCAGACAGAAGGAUUUGGGCAGAGUUCAACCCCCAAUAAUCGAGCGGUUAGCCCAGUUUCCCAAGGUAGCAAUAGCUCUGCUGCGGAGCCCAAAGGCCCUCCCCAGCAGGGGUCUGGUGGGGACCCAUCCAGUUUGGGUGAGAAUCCCGAUGGACUGUCACAGGAGCAGCUGGAGCACCGAGAGCGCUCGUUGCAGACCCUGAGGGACAUCCAGCGCAUGCUCUUCCCUGAUGAGAAGGAGUUUGCAGGAGGGCAAAGUGGGGGGCCACCCCCAAAUGCUGGGGUGCUGGAUGGUCCCCAAAAGAAACCCGAAGGGCCGAUACAGGCUAUGAUGGCUCAAUCCCAAAGUUUAGGCAAAGGGUCGGGGUCUCGGACAGAUGGAGGGGCUCCUUUUGGCCCUCAAGGACACAGGGACAUGCCUUUUUCCCCAGAUGAAAUGGGGCCACCACCAAUGAACUCCCAGUCAGGAGCCAUAGGCCCCGACCACUUGGACCACAUGACUCCUGAGCAGGUGGCCUGGCUCAAGCUGCAGCAGGAGUUUUACGAGGAGAAGAGAAGGAAGCAAGAGCAGGUGGUUGUGCAGCAGUGUUCCCUGCAGGACAUGAUGGUCCACCAGCACGGGCCUCGUGGGGUGGUCCGAGGUCCUCCCCCUCCUUACCAGAUGACCCCUGGUGAGGGCUGGGGACCUGGGGGUCCGGAGCCCUUCCCUGAAGGCAUGAACAUGUCACACUCUCUGCCCCCCAGGGGCAUGGCCCCUCAUCCCAAUGUGCCCGGGAGCCAGAUGCGCCUGCCUGGUUUUGCAGGAAUGAUGAACCCUGACAUGGAAGGCCCCAAUGUCCCGAAUCCCGCCUCACGGCCUGGGCUUUCAGGAGUUAGUUGGCCAGAUGAUGUGCCAAAAAUCCCAGAUGGGCGAAACUUCCCCCCUGGUCAGGGUGUCUUCAGUGGCCCUGGCCGAGGGGAGCGGUUCCCCAAUCCGCAGGGCCUGCCUGAAGAGCUCUAUCAGCAGCAGCUGGCUGAGAAACAGAUGGGCCUCCCUCCUGGUCUGAACAUGGAAGGCAUCAGGCCUGGCAUGGAGAUCAACAGAAUGAUGCCCUCCCAGAGGCACAUGGAGCCUGGGAACAACCCCAUCUUCCCUCGCAUGCCGGUAGAAGGACCGAUGAGCCCAUCUAGGGGGGACUUCCCAAAAGGAAUACCCCCACAAAUGGCUUCUAGCAGGGAGCUGGAGUUUGGGAUGGGCCCUGGCAGCAUGAAGGGGGACAUGGGCAUGAAUGUCAGCAUGGGCUCCAACCCACCCCUGGUCCCUCAGAAGCUGAGGGAGGCAGGAGUCGGGCCGGAAGAGAUGAUGAAGCCGCCCGGUGUGUCGGAGAUGCUCUCCUCUCAGCAGAAAAUGGUGCCGCUGCCGUUUGGGGAGCACCCGCAGCAGGAGUAUGGCAUGGGUCCCAGGCCUUUCCUUCCCAUGUCUCAGGGCCCAGGAGUCGGUCUGCGGAAUCUCAGAGAACAGAUGGGGCCUGACCAAAGGACUAACAACCGGCUCAGCCACAUGCCGCCACUACCUCUCAAUCCCACCAGUAACCCGAAUAGCCUCAACACUGCUCCCCCUGCGCAGCGCAGCCUCGGCCGCAAGCCCUUGGAUAUCUCUGCGGCUGGCCAGGUGCAUUCGCCAGGAAUCAACCCCCUGAAGUCCCCCACCAUGCGCCAGGUCCAGUCUCCCAUGAUGGGGUCUCCCUCGGGGAACCUCAAGUCCCCUCAGACGCCCUCCCAGCUGGCAGGAAUGCUCGCGGGCCCCACUGCCGCAGCUGCUGCUGCCUCCAUUAAAUCCCCCCCUGUCUUGGGGUCUGCUGCUGCUUCUCCUGUCCACCUCAAGUCUCCGUCUCUCCCCGCACCUUCUCCUGGAUGGACUUCAUCUCCAAAGCCUCCUUUGCAGAGCCCUGGGAUUCCCCCGAACCACAAGGCGUCUCUAACCAUGUCUUCUCCAGCCAUGCUGGGGAACGUGGAGUCGGGUGGUCCACCUCCUUCCACAGUCAGCCAGUCUGCUCCUGCGACUCUCCCUGGAAAUCUUCCCUCUAGCAGUCCUUACACAAUGCCUCCAGAGCCAACCCUGUCCCAGAAUCCCCUCUCCAUUAUGAUGUCCAGGAUGUCCAAAUUUGCCAUGCCCAGCUCUACACCGCUCUAUCAUGAUGCCAUCAAAACUGUGGCCAGCUCGGAUGACGACUCCCCUCCAGCACGCUCCCCAAACUUGCCACCUAUGAACAGCGUACCAGGAAUGGGCAUUAAUUCUCAGAAUCCUCGAAUUUCAGGUCCAAACCCAGUGGGUCCAAUGCCAACCCUUAGCCCAAUGGGAAUGACCCAGCCUCUUUCCCAUAACAACCAGAUGCCCUCUCCAAAUGCUAUGGGACCCAAUAUACCUCCUCACGGGGUCCCCGUGGGACCCGGCCUGAUGUCACACAACCCAAUGAUGGGGCAUGGUUCCCAGGAGUCUCCAAUGGUACCUCAAGGACGCCUGGGCUUCCCGCAGGGGUUCCCUCCCGUACAGUCCCCUCCACAGCAGGUGCCAUUUCCACACAACGGGCCCAGCGGUGGACAAGGCAACUUCCCAGCGGGAAUGGGCUUCCAUGGAGAAGGACCUCUGGGGCGUCCUACCAACCUGCCCCAAAGUUCGACAGAUCCAGCACUUUGCAAGACUGGAGGCCCUGGCGGUCCAGACUCCUUCACUGUUCUUGGAAACAACAUGCCUUCGGUUUUCACUGAUCCAGAGCUGCAGGAGGUGAUCCGUCCCGGAGCCACGGGAAUACCCGAGUUUGACCUGUCCAGGAUUAUCCCGUCGGAGAAGCCCAGCCAGACACUACAGUAUUUCCCUCGUGGGGAGGUGCCAGGCCGCAAGCAGCCGCAAGGUCCCGGGCCUGGCUUCUCCCACAUGCAGGGGAUGAUAGGAGAGCAGACCCCGAGGAUGGGACUAACAUUGCCCGGCAUGGGGGGCCCCGGGCCGGUGGGAACUCCAGAUAUCCCUCUGGGCACGGCUCCGUCCAUGCCCGGUCACAACCCGAUGAGGCCGCCGGCCUUCCUGCAGCAGGGCAUGAUGGGGCCGCACCACCGCAUGAUGUCACCAGCACAGCCCGCCAUGCCCGGCCAGCCCGCGCUCAUGAGCAACCCCGUGGCCGCCGUGGGCAUGAUCCCGGGCAAGGACCGAGCCCCCGCCGGGCUCUACAGCCACCCGGGCCCCGUGGGGUCACCUGGCAUGAUGAUGUCAAUGCAGGGCAUGAUGGGACCCCAACAAAACAUCAUGAUUCCCCCCCAGAUGAGGCCCCGAGGUAUGGCUGCUGAUGUUGGCAUGGGAGGAUUUAGCCAAGGCCCUGGGAACCCAGGGAACAUGAUGUUUUAAGCUGCUACCAUAAGACUGGAUGUUCUGAUCCUUGUCAAGAUGAGAUUCCGAGUCCUGAGGGCUUUUUUGGAAGCUUCAGGAGUACAGUUUGGCCAUGCAAUAGGUGAAAAGAGACCAGAGGAUGCUUUGGGAAAUCUCGAAUGUAUGGAAU